CGAUGGCGUCGCGGUACGACCGGGCCAUCACCGUCUUCUCCCCCGACGGGCACCUGUUCCAGGUGGAGUACGCGCAGGAGGCGGUGAAGAAGGGCUCCACGGCGGUUGGAAUUCGUGGUACCAAUAUCGUUGUACUUGGGGUAGAGAAGAAAUCAGUCGCCAAGCUUCAGGAUGAGCGGACUGUGAGGAAGAUCUGUGCCCUGGAUGACCACGUCUGCAUGGCCUUUGCAGGACUGACUGCUGAUGCUCGAGUGGUAAUAACCAGAGCCCGUGUGGAGUGCCAGAGCCAUAAGCUUACCGUUGAGGACCCAGUCACUGUCGAGUAUAUAACUCGCUUCAUAGCAUCCUUAAAACAGAAAUACACUCAGAGCAAUGGACGAAGACCUUUUGGCAUUUCUGCCCUAAUUGUAGGCUUCGAUGAUGAUGGUAUCCCAAGACUGUACCAGACCGAUCCCUCUGGUACUUACCAUGCUUGGAAGGCAAAUGCAAUAGGCCGAAGUGCUAAAACUGUCCGAGAAUUUCUAGAAAAGAAUUACACAGAAGACGCCAUAGCUAAUGACAGUGAAGCUAUCAAACUAGCAAUAAGAGCUUUGCUAGAAGUGCCUUGA